AAAGGAGCUGGAUGGGUUCCGCCAGAGUUGUUUGGCGCGGACGCGGGUUCUCUGGACGUAACGACCGCGGUCUUCGCGGGCUGAGGAGCCAGCCUUUGUGCACGCCUCAGGGAAAGUUACUAACCCUUCAGUAUCACCUUAUGUGUCUGGCUUAUGUGGGAUCUGGAGCUUUGAACGUGGAUCCUUAAGCUUCACAGUGAUGGCCCAUGAAGUUGCAAUGGACCUUGAUCUUCAGGGGCAGCAAGAUGGUGCUACAGAACAGCCUAUUCCUGCUGAAGUGGUCAGCAGCCAAGGGGAUUCACCAGUCAUGCAGCUUGCUCCUGCAGAAGUGGUCAGCAGCCAAGGGGGACCACCCGUCCUCCAGCCUGCUCCACCAUCUUCCAUUGACUUAACAGAGGAAAUACAGCAGCCAGAAGAAAAUGUGGAGAGUAUCGACCCAGAAGCUUCAGAGGAGCAUAGUGGGGGAUCUGAUGCUGACCACACUGCAGGAGCGUCUGUGUCACCUUCCAUGAACAACUUCAUCAGUGGGCUGCAGAGACUUCAUAAUAUGCUGGAAUUGCUGAGACCCCCGCCUUCAGACCAUAGUGUGGGACCAGUGAGAGCAAGGAGGAGGACAGGUUCCAUUUUACAUAGGGCAAGGGCCGGAGGGUCGCAGAGGACGGAUGAUGCCAGGUUGAGAACACCUUUGUAUGCCUACUUUCAGGUGAGUAGGAGCCAACCUUACUUGCCAGCUCCUGCUUAUGAUUCAGAAACUAGGAAUCCUUUAUUGAGUACUUCUGACUCGGAUGACAGUGACAGCACUACAGAAAAUGAAGACGUUGUUGUGGAGGCAGAAGAAACAGAGGCUGUCAUUUCAGCAGAGCCACAAGGAGAUACCUCAACAGAGCAAGAAGUUACAUGCGUCAGUGGAGGUGAGACCACUUCUAAACAGCAGUCUCCUGAGAAGUCCAGUGUUCUACCUUCUGCUUCUGUGGAUGAAGAAGAAGAUGGGGACACUUGCACAAUAUGUUUGGAACAGUGGACCAAUGCUGGGGACCACCGGCUCUCAGCAUUGCGCUGUGGGCACCUCUUUGGAUAUAAAUGCAUUUCUAAGUGGCUCAAAGGACAAACACGAAAAUGUCCCCAGUGCAACAAGAAAGCCAGGCACAGUGAUAUCGUUGUCCUUUAUGCCCGAACCCUGAGAGCUUUGGACACUAGUGAACAGGAACGCAUAAAAAGUGCCUUGCUGAAAGAGCAGAAGCUCAGGAAGCAGGCUGAAUUAGAGUCUGCACAGUGUCGGCUUCGACUUCAGGUCCUGUCUGAUGAAUGUUCUAAACUUCAUAGCCAUGUGCGGGACUUGGAAAAACUUGUUAUGCAGCAUAGGGAUCAAUGGGCACAGCCAUCUGUGGGCUCCCAGUCAUAUUUCAAUGACAUCCUUCCUUCCAGCAAGAGUCAGCACAAGUACCUCUUGGGAAAGAGCUUCACAGUGUCUCAGACAGGAAACUGCCGAACCAUGGCUCACUGUGAUGGCUUAAGCUGCCUGGUAGUAUCACAGCCUUCUCCUCAAGCUUCCUUUGUUCCAGGCUAUGGUGUUAAGAUGUUAAGUACUGCCAACAUGAAAAGUAGUCAGUACAUUCCUAUGCAUGGCAAGCAGAUUCGUGGAUUGGCUUUCAGCUGUCAUUCCAAAGGCUUGCUGCUCUCUGCUUCUCUAGACAACACUAUUAAACUGACCAGCCUGGAAACAAAUACUGUGGUCCAGACUUACAAUACUGGACGUCCUGUGUGGAGCUGUUGCUGGUGUCUUGAUGAAAGCAGUCACAUCUAUGCUGGACUGGCCAAUGGUUCGAUUCUAAUAUAUGACCUGCGAAACACAAGUGCUUAUAUGCAGGAGUUAGUACCUCAGAAGGCCAGGUGCCCUCUGGUGUCUCUGUCGUAUGUGCCCAGAGCUGCUUCAGCUGCGUUUCCUUGUGGUGGAGUACUGGCUGGAACCUUGGAGGAUGCUUCCUUCUGGGAGCUGAAGACAGACUUUACUCAUUCACCUCAUGUGCUGCACUUGGAGCCAGGGGGCUUUGUAGACUUUCAGACAGAGAGCAGCACUGCACACUGUCUUGUGUCCUACAGGCCUGAUAAAAAGCAUAGCAAAAUACGAAGUGUGCUGCAGGAAAUGUCCUAUAAACUGGAUGAUGCUGGAGAGCCGGUCUGCUCCUUCAAUCCUGUGCAAACAUUCUUCGGAGGACCCUCCUGUAAACUAUUGACCAAAAAUGCUAUCUUUCAAAGCCCAGAGAAUGAUGGCAGCGUCCUAGUAUGUACUGGGGAUGAAGCAUCAAAUUCUGCCCUGUUGUGGAAUGCCGGCAGUGGUUCCUUGCUGCAGGAACUGAAGACUGAUCAGCCCAUCGUGGACAUCUGCCCAUUUGAGGUGAACCACAGCAGCUAUUUAGCCACUUUAACAGAGAAAAGUGUGCUUAUUUACAAACGGGAGUGACUAUGUUCUUCACAUGUUCCAGUCAUGCUGCCGGUUAACAUUGUUUUCUAGCACCCACCAGCUCUGUGCAAGAUCUCUUUGUAUUUCCUGCAGGCUCCAACUUUUGGACCCUGGUUAAUUGGGUAUUAGUACGAAUUGUGAAUAUGCUACACAUAUCAAGAGUGACUGGUGCUUCAUCUCUAUUAUAGUCCAUUUCUCGGGUUAAAAACCUUCGUGGUUCUUGCGUGGGAAUUUUUAUUUCUUAUCUGAAUUCUACAGGAUCUUGGAGUCCUUGCUUGCAUCAGUCAUUAUGGAUAUGAGUGUCACCACACAUUUUGAGGCUAAGAUCCCUAACCCAGCUGAGUUCUCUUGUCUGUGGGAAUGGUACACGAAAGAGGAGGGCUAGCUCACUAUCUUGCUGCUUGGAUGUCUUACCCAUGCAGGAGUCAGUGUUCCAUUGAACAUCAAAGGGCACUGUAGUAUCUUGUGGAGAGUUUGAAUAUUUGUUCGUAACCUUUUAGUGACUUACUCUCACACCCCGAGUGUGUAGUAGUAGACAUCUGGUAUGAAUUGUGGAAGUAGCCAUUAACUGUUCCAGGUAUACCUGCCUAAGGAUGUUGGCAAGUCCAGUGCUGGAGGUGACUGUAUGGAGUGCCUUAGCUCAUGCUGAAUGCCUGAACUUAAGUUCAUUUCAAUGAGAGAACCAAGGAAAGGGACCAAUUGUAUGAGUAAUGGAUAGAGCCUUUUUUUCUCCCCUAGCUAGCUUAGGACCCUCAGAAUUUUUUUUCUAAGUCCUUUAAACACCAGUUUUUCAUCCUAAAAGAUAAGGAGAGAGACUUAAACAAUAGAGAUCAGCUACCUAGAGAAUGAAAGGAAAGGCUUAUUUCUCAUUUUGAUAAAAUUCCUUUCUGGAUAAAGCCAAUCCAUCAAAGUAAGGAGCAAUUAUGAUUCCCAGGUACAGGCUUCCCUAUGUGAAAAUGUUUGAUUCCAAGUUCCUUUGAAUUGCAUCCCUAACCUUUUCAAAAUGUGGUGUUAGUAAAAUGGUAAAGUAGCUGGUGACCUAUGGGUACAGGUAGGCAGCUACCCACUUUCAGUGUAGAAUGGUGGUUAUACUUGUUCCCAAUAGAGGAAGGGAUCAGGUUAAAUUUGUCUGCUUUGCCUAAGGCUCCUCCACUAAACCACUGUCCAUAGCAGGACAUGUUACUAGCUGUGAUUUUUCUCAAUUGUUGAUUAGGUGUUCUAUAAAUAUUCCGGCCUGUCAACUCCUGAGAUGUUUCUAAGGUCUUUCUUAUCAGCAAGGGAUUAAGGUAAAUUUCCUAGAGUUUGAAGUGUGUGUGUGUGUGUGUGUGUGUGU